ACGCAAUAUCUGGUUCGAGAGAGCAUCUCGAAAAAGUUUUCGUAUAGUUAAUUUAGACAGAAAAUCAUGGUGAAUAUUUUUAAGAUGCUAGUUUCGCCACUAGUAAACGGGGCGGUGAAACUAGCCGGGCUGACUCCUAAACUCGUAGAGAUCGAACCCGGAACAGUACUAAAUAUUUGGGUACCAACCGAAACCCUGAAAAAUACCACAAAAAUUCCUCACAAGCCGGUUGUAGUGUUUCUUCAUAGCUUUGCUGCAAACGGAAUUCUGACAUGGUUUUUUCAAGCCAUAUCUUUAUCGGGCACGUAUUCUGUCUACGUGCCCGAUUUCAUAUUUUUCGGUGACUCGACCACCGAUAAAUCAGACCGCACAACGGCUUUUCAAGCCGAGUGCAUAGCCAAAGGGUUAUCGAAACUAGGAGUCGAAAAAUGCACAAUUGUUGGUCUUAGCUAUGGGGGUAUGGUAGGGUUCAAAAUGGCGAGGAAUUAUCCUGACUUGGUUGAGUCCAUGGUGGUCUCGGGCACGUUGAUGGAGAUGACGGAGUCGAUAAAUUCUGCGUUGCUGAAAAAAUUUAACGCGAAUAGCUGGUCAGAUUUGCUGAUGCCAACUUCUGUUGAUGGUGUAAAAGAGAUGAUGAGUGUUGGGACUCAUAAGUUGCCGUGGCUACCUGAUUUCUUUUACAAACAUUUUCUAGAGGCUUUAUUUGAUAACAGGAAGGAGAGAAAUGAACUUUUGAAGGCUUUGGUUGUUAAGGACAAAGAUGCAGGUUUACCGAACUACACCCAGAGGAUUCAUUUAUUGUGGGGAGAUGAUGACAAGAUUUUCAACUCCGACAUUGUUAGCAACAUUAAGGAAAAUUUAGGAGAGAAAGCGAGUGUCGAAUACAUAGGCAAGGCAGGACAUUUGUCACCAAUGGAGCGACCGUUUGUAUUCACUCAGUGUCUUAAGAAAGUUCUUUCUUCCUUCCAGACUGAAGUUAAGAAUAAAUAGUACCGCAUCAGUUUCUUAAGAAAUGUUUGGUUGUUUAAUUGAGUUCUUGUUGGAUACUGUGAUUUCAAGAUUUAUGUUUAUGUUUGACUAAAAUAAUAUUUCAUUUUGGAUUUUUGGAUGUUGGAUGAUUUUGUUAUCAAGUUCAAGUAAUUAUAAUUUUUGAAUCGAA